AUGUACGGCAGUGUUGUUGUUGGUAAUUUGAGGAUGACGGCGGGAAGUGAAGUCGGGAGGCGGCUCGGCGAUCGGAUCAGCAGCGGGAGUAUCCGUUCCGAUAUCGGCCAAGCUUUCCGUCCUCCAGAUCUCGGACUCGAACUUGACUCGUCCUUCUCCACCACCAACACCACCACCAUUCCAUCGCGGCUUCCUCUCAUCGACCACGCCUUCCCUCACCCCUUCAUCGACACCCGCGCCCUCUGCGCCUUCCGUGCGUCCAACAUCCGACCGGCGCCUUCCAUCACUGGCAACUUCGUCACCGCGACUCGCGACUUCCUCACGACAGCACACCACUCGCGCUCCCCUCAACACACCACCCGCGACUUCCGCCACCGGACUUCCCCAUCUCGACGUGCGACUUCGACGACCUCACCUCACCCGGACCACAAUACAACACAACAUCCAUCGCGGAGAUGCUGCUGGACAGGCUCCAUCUCGGCGGUCGGAUCACAACAAACCAUUGCUCGCCAUCAUGGAGCAAUGAGUCGAAGCGACGCGUUGGGGAGGAUGAGUGGGAUCAACGCUGUUACGCUACAACGGAUGGAGCUCGCGUGGAUGAGAUUCCAGCGUAGGGCCGUCGGUUGCUGGAUGUGUGCCUGA